AUGGCAUCGACUCAGACCAUAUCAUAUGGGCACUGGAGUAGCCCGCUCACUGCGGAGCGUCUAGCUACAAAUAGCAUAACAUUGCACGAGCUAGCAGUGAAUGAAUCAAAUGGAGCCAUCUACUCUAUCGAAUGUCACCCAACAGAGGAUGGUCGCUAUGCAAUCGUCCAGCAUCUCAACGGCAAAAGCCAAGACGUGCUACCCAAAACCUUGAGCGCCCACGCAACAGUCCAAGAACUUGGCGGUGGCUCCAUCGCCAUGCGCCAUGAUGGACAGGUUCUAUUCGCAGACGAAGAAUCCCGCAACAUCUACCUGUUGGAUUCAGCGGGCGAAACCAAAAUUGUUCACCGGGCUAUUGAGGGAAUUCGGUAUGCUGACUUCUGCAGCCACCCCUCCAAGCCGGAGUGGAUCCUUGCGAUCAAGGAAGACCAUAGAGAGGCUACACCCGAGACGCAGGCGACGCAUGUUCAUAACAUGUUGGUAGCUAUCAAUAUUGAACUGGGCACGGAGACGACGAUUGCUCAGGGAGAUGAUUUCUAUUCUCAUCCUAAAUUCGAUCCUUCGGGGAAGUAUGUUUCGUGGAUUCAGUGGUCGCAUCCUGAUAUGCCAUGGACUGGGACGGUGCUUUAUUAUGCUCGGUGGGAUGAUGGGUCUUUGAAGAAUGUUACCCGCAUUGCUGGUAAAGCUCAAGAAGAGAGUAUUGCUCAGCCAAAGUGGAGUCCAGAUGGACUGUUGUAUUUUGCGAGUGAUCGCACUGGCUUCUGGCAGCUCAACUCCUUUGACGUGAAAAGCGAAGAACAAAGUACUUUGUCAUUGAAGACAUUCGAGAAAGCUGAUUUCGCAUAUGAGGAAUGGGAGCUUGGAUGUUCCACGUACAUCUUUCUCGAUGCGCAAACUAUAGUGGCAACAGUCAUUACCCACGCUACCGCCAAGCUCGUUCUAAUCGAUAUAGCCACCUCCUCUGUUCGUGGCCUUGAUCUGCCAUAUGUGAACAUUUUCGAAAUUCGUCGAGUCUCAGCAACUUCCUUCGUGGUAGUGGGCACUUCAACCACCUUCCCUGAGGAACUUGCAUUGAUAUCAAUCACACCAACAUUCAAAGCCGAAAGAACCGUUCUCACAUCAACGGCAACAUUUGAACUUCCGUUUGAAUAUGUCUCUGUCGCAAAGGAGCUUACAGCCCCUCAGAAACACGGCCCAUUGACUGACGGCCAUGUUCACAUGUUCUAUUUCCCACCUCGCAACCCCAACUUUCAGUCCAACGGUCUUCCCCCUCUACUGGUCUACGUUCACGGAGGACCCAAUGGAUCCACAACUCCGGCCCUAGACCUGGAGAUACAAUUAUGGACCACACGCGGAUUUGCAGUAUGCGCCGUGAACUACACAGGAUCCACCGGAUUCGGACGAGAAUACCGAGAACGACUCUCAGGAUACUGGGGCCUCGUCGACGUAGCCGAUGCCGUCAGCGCAGUGGAAUACCUCGUUGACGAGGGCUUAGCCGAUAAAACCCGUGUUGGAAUCUACGGAGGAAGUGCCGGCGGCUAUCUAACGCUGCGAGCACUGCAUAUGUAUCCCGAUGUAUGGGCUGCAGGAGUUAGCUCCUAUGGUAUUAGCGACGUGCGAGCUCUUCAGGCAGACUCGUAUAAGUUCGAAAGUCAAGAUGUGGAUCGGUUGCUGUUGAGCAAGACUGCGCCACAGGAAAGGGAGCUUGAGCUUACCAAGCGCAGUCCGUGCAAUUUUGCAAAUCAGAUACGGGGCUCUUUGCUGCUUUUGCAGGGGACUAUUGAUAUGGUUGUUCCGGUAGCGCAGGCAAGGAUGAUGGCGGAUGCUAUGCGGGCUCAUGGGAGAGUUGCAGAGGUUGUUGAGUUUGAGGGUGAGGGACAUGGAUGGGUUGGACAGAAGGCCAUUUAUGAGUCUUUAACACGAAAGGAGGAAUGGUGGAAGAAACAUCUGACUUGA